AUGGCCGACCAGAAGAUUGCUCAAGUCCAAGGACAACUGCAGUCCGAGACUAUUGUGGCAGAGCUCGCAGGUAUCAUCGAAGCGAGACAGAGGCUGGACUCUCAGUUCUCAGAGAACGAGCUCGUCUUGAAAGAAUUCAACAUACUUAAAUCUCACAACACCGUCUACAAACUGAUAGGCCCAGGGCUUGUGCCACAAGAUGCGUUAGAGGCCAAAGUGAAUGUGGAGAAGCGUCUGGAUUUUAUAAAGAGUGAAAUUCAAAGGGUAGAGUCACAGCUCAAGGAGGCUGAGAGCAAAGCAGCGAGAAAGAGGGAAGAUAUCAUCCUGCUGCAACAGCAAUUCCAGGCAUUGCAAGCACCCAGCGGCGGUCCUCAAUAG